AUGUCACCCGCCGCGAGGGCAAGCAGGAGACGCCGACCCGCCCAUACCGUGGCACUGAUGUCUGUGUCUCGCGUCAGCUUCUCCUCUACUGGCGCAACGAGCGAGGCUGUUGGGUGUGUCAAAUACGAAGUGGAGCUCAAACAGGGUACCACGGUUUUGCACGAAGAUGCGGACGAGGGCUACAAGGUCAUCCUGGGUCCGGCUGACCAAACUGAGAACGAGGCCAUAACCUCGUACCUCGUGCAUAUGGACAAACUUUAUGACUUCUUGGCCAAGCGCAAUGCUACCCGCGAUGCCCUCUGCGCCCAGCUACUCGGUUACGCUCUCUGCGCGAAGCAUGCCAGCGCGCGUGCCGCCGAGCAGCUGAAUGCGAUUACGACCGAGUUAAAAGCGGCUGAAGCGGCAGCUGUCCAGCUGAAGAAAGUUAAGCAGGCAUUCGCUGCCGGCGAUUAUGACCGGCUCGGCCAGCUACUAGACUAG